ACGUCGACACACCGUGACAAUGCUUGCAUGAGUAGGAAAAAAGACAAUGAACCUCCUGUCAAUAACUAUCCAAUAAUUGCUGAAGAUAAGAUUAAAAUCGUCGAGCUAUUGGGUGCCGGAGGUUAUGGAGCCGUUUUUCGUGCACAGUGGACGACAGAAAAAAAAGUGAUGUGGGUCGCGGUGAAAAAAGUUGGUGAGGUUGAGAAAGAGGCGUACCUUUUAUCAAGAAUUCGUCAUCGCAAUAUUGUUGAGUUUUAUGGUAUUUCAAAGACGGAUCUUGAUUUCCUUAUUGUCACAGAAUUCGCUGAAGGCGGUUCAUUGUUCAAUUAUCUCCAUAAUUCGGAGAUUCGUGAUAUCGAUUUGAAUCAAAUUAUCAAUUGGGCCCUGCAGGUUAGGAAAGCUCUCUUCUUGAGUUCUUAA